UCAUCCGCCGCCGCCGGCGAUCGUCUCCUCUGCUGGAAAACUCCAACGUGGUUAGAAGACUCUAUAUCUCUCGCUCUCCCCCAAAAGUUUCGGCUUUGACGCACACACAAACACACCUGAAGUAUACAUCUCUUGCUUAAGCUCCUUCAAUGGCGUCUACGCCUCCGCACUGCUCGAUCACUGCCACAAAACCCUACCAGAACCACCAGUACCCUCAGAACCAUCGCCAGAGCCGUCAACCCAAAUACCACCACCGUCCAUGGGCCCCGCAGCGGUUCUCUCCCUCGCCGAGCGGCGGUGGAAGCGGCGCCGCUGUACCAGCUCCCCCUUCUUGUCCGCUCUCGCAGAUGCCGACCCUUUUCCCCGCUUUGUCUCCCCUGAAAACUCCGAAAUCGGAUUUGUCUCCGGCCUUCUCGGGUCGUCGACCGACCCGGUUCGUCUCCAAGAUGCACUUUGGGCGACCCAAAACCACCAUGGCCACUCGACACAGCUCUGCCGCGGAAGAUGCUCUCCAGCACGCUAUUCAAUUCGCCGGAGACGAUAAAGGGCUUGAGAAUCUGCUCUCGAGCUUCGAGUCCAAGCUCUGUGGCUCUGAUGACUACACUUUUAUACUCCGUGAGCUCGGGAACCAAGGUGAGUGUGAGAAAGCUGUUCGCUUUUACGAGUUCGCCAUUAAACGAGAGAGGAAGAAGACUGAACUAGGGAAGUUAUCAAGCGCCAUGAUAAGUACUCUUGGUAGAUUAGGUAAAGUGCGCAUUGCAAAGAGAGUUUUCGAAACUGCAUUGGCUGAUGGGUAUGGAAACACGGUUUAUGCUUUCUCGGCUCUAAUUAGCGCUUAUGGUCGAAGUGGGUAUCACGAGGAAGCAAUUGGGGUCUUCAAUUCCAUGGAAAACUAUGGUUUGAGGCCAAAUCUAGUUACCUACAAUGCUGUGAUCGAUGCGUGUGGAAAAGGUGGGGUGGAGUUUAAGCGUGUAGUGGAGUUUUUCGAUCAAAUGCUGAGAAACAGGGUGCAACCCGACAGAAUAACUUUCAAUUCUUUGUUGGCAGUUUGCGGCCGAAACGGGCUGUGGGAGGCAGCGAGGAAUUUGUUUGACGAGAUGUCAAAUAGAGGGGUUGAACAGGAUAUUUUUACCUAUAAUACACUUUUGGAUGCAAUUUGCAAAGGUGGACAGAUGGAUUUGGCUUUUAAUAUCAUGUCACAGAUGCCCAGGAAGAAUAUCAUGCCUAACGUUGUCACUUAUAGCACUGUAAUUGAUGGCUAUGCUAAGGUUGGUAGAUUCGAUGAAGCUCUUAACUUGGUUGGUGAGAUGAGGUUUCUCGGUAUUGCGUUGGAUAGGGUUUCAUACAAUACACUACUCUCAGUCUAUGCUAAACUCGGUAAAUUUGAAGAGGCCUUGGAUGUUCUUAAAGAAAUGGAAUUUGUUGGGAUUAGGAAAGAUGUUGUCACUUAUAAUGCUCUUCUUGGAGGCUAUGGGAAACAAGGAGAGUAUGACAAAGUGAAAAAUGCUUUCGAGGAGAUGAAAUGGGAGGGUCUGUCGCCUAAUUUACUGACUUAUUCAACCUUGAUUGAUGUGUAUUCAAAAGGGGGCUUGUACAAAGAGGCAAUGGAGGUGUUUAGGGAAUUUAAGAGUGUAGGUUUAAAAGCUGAUGUUGUGCUGUACAGUGCUUUGAUUGAUGCUUUGUGCAAGAACGGGUUGGUGGAAUCUGCCGUUUCUUUGCUGGAUGAGAUGACAAAGGAAGGAAUUAAACCAAAUGUUGUAACUUACAACUCUAUAAUUGAUGCCUUUGGUCGGUCCACACCCGCAGAAUGUUUGGCUGAUGGUGGAUCCAAUGGCUUAGAUGUUGAAUCUUCCUCUUCUGCAUCUCUUUCUUCAUAUUCCUCCGAUCUGUUCACUCUCUCAUUAGGAAAAGAUGACUCUCGAAGCGAGUUGACUGAAAGAGAGGAUAACAGGAUUAUAAAGAUUUUUGGGCGGUUAGCUGCCGAGGGAAAUAAUCGGGUGAAGAAAGACUGUAAGGAGAGUAGGCAGGAGUUCUUCUGUAUUUUGGAAGUUUUCCAUAAAAUGCAUGAGCUGGAAAUAAAGCCAAAUGUCGUGACUUUCUCUGCCAUCCUGAAUGCUUGCAGCCGCUGCUACUCAUUUGAAGAUGCUUCAAUGCUGCUAGAGGAGCUCCGGCUGUUUGAUGAUCAAGUCUACGGAGUUGCUCAUGGUCUUCUUAUGGGCUACCGAGAAAACGUGUGGGUCCAAGCUCAGACCUUGUUCGACCAAGUAAAGGCCAUGGAUUCAUCAACUGCGUCUGCCUUUUACAACGCUCUAACCGACAUGCUUUGGCACUUUGGUCAGAGACAAGGGGCGCAACUGGUGGUGCAUGAGGCGAGACGGAGGCAAGUUUGGGAGAAUGUCUGGUCUGAAUCUUGCUUGGACUUGCACUUGAUGUCAUCUGGAGCGGCUUGUGCCAUGGUCCAUGCAUGGCUUCUAAACAUACGCUCCGUUGUUUACGAAGGCCACGAGUUACCGAAACUCUUGAGCAUAUUAACAGGUUGGGGAAAACACAGCAAGGUGGUUGGGGACGGGACGUUAAAGAGAACGGUGGAGGGGCUUUUGAACGGGAUGGGUGCACCGUUCCAUGUGGCUAAGUGUAACGUUGGGCGGUUCAUUUCGAGCGGCUCGGUCGUGGCUGGUUGGCUGAGAGAGACAGGGACACUUAAGGUUCUUGUCCUUGAGGACGACAGAACUCAUCCUCGUAUCACAAUUAGUACAACCUCCACAUCAACACUCCCAACCUCUUUCUCUUUGCAACCUCUUCCUUCCUAGUUUUUUUUUUUAAACAAUUUUGAUGACUCUUUUGCCCUUUUGUUCCUAAUGAAUGUGGUGCCUGUAAUAUAUAUAUAUAUACACACGUCAAUGCAAGUUAAAUUUUUUUA